AUGUGUGCCGUAACUCAGUGGUUAGAGUUCGAAUUUACUGACCGGAAGGCACCGAAAAGGUGUUACAGCCGAACGAUUAUAUCUUUUUAUAUUGCGUCAGAAACAAGAAUUCAAGAUGCAAGCACAUUGGUUGAGCUAGUCACCCCAUCACUGUCCACUCGCUACCGGUUGCACACCUCUGGCAAUCCAGAGGCUGCAGCGACGGGCUGUACGGGGGUUGGUAUCGUCCUAAAUCACUGGGCGGAGAGAUACAUAGGGGAGUUGGGUACUUUGAAAGUGCAAAAGGCACUCCGAAACACGGGCUCACUUCCGUUCUGGUUAAGGUAUUUUUCGCGGACAGCUAAUCGUCAAACAGCAAACUAUGCCGUCCGUGCAAUCCAAAUCAAUCAAUCUCUCCUCAUAUUUGAUUUCCAUAACUGGAUUCAUAUCUCGAAUAUCCGACUGAAACAUGAGGAGGCCUGGUGCAGCACAUUCAGUUACCUGAGUACAUCACAAACGAGAGAUUCGGCUGGGUUCCACCUCGACUUAUCCAAAACCGUUCUGCACGCGCUUGCCAGUUCCACGCCUUCUACUCUGUUAACACUGGAAUGCUUGGCGAUUUCUACCGCCUCGGCCAUCAGUCCCUGUGACGUGGUCCGUAGUCCUCGCCGCAAAACCUCAUUUUCUAAAUCUAUUUUGUGUCCCGUGUCCAGUGCAUAUUCUGCCAUUGCUGGGUCUUUCAGUAACAUUCGAUAUUCAUCCGCGUUUCUCGGUGGCCUGCUCAUUUUUUCCCUGUGUUCUCCGAUUUCAAUGCCUUUUCUAUCGUUCGCUCGUCGCUUGUCCUUCUAUUUGCCCAAACAUACAAAGCGCCGUAUAACUUGGCGUGCUUACGCCCUUCUUGUUCUACCGGCGACGUGUUACGGGCUUGGCUAUUGGCAAGUUCAGCGACGACGUUGGAAGCUUAACCUACUGGAUCAACUUGAUCGAACCAUUGCGGCUACUCCAGUCCCUCUGCCGUCGACUGCUGAGGCAAGCACAGACCUUCCAGAGUACAGUCCCGUAACUGUUCGUGGAUGUUUUGAUCACUCACGGGAACUUCUGAUCGGUCCCCGUCCCCUGAUUACAGAUUUCAUCAAACCAGGCGGUUAUGGUAGUGAAUGGUGCCUUCCUCAAAAGCAUCGUCCCAAGUCCUUGUCCCAAGAAGCAUCCUCUGAGCCUCCACCCCCGUUUGGUUAUUUUAUCGUAACUCCUUUUUUCCUAGAAGGUCGAUCCGGGACCAGUAUUUUAGUGAAUCGUGGUUGGGUCCCCGAGUACAACCGUGAUCCUGUUUCGAGAAAGCAAGGGCAAAUAAAAGGAAUCGUCGAACUCUCCGGUUUCAUAAGGUAUCCAGAAAAGCCAUCAAUCUUUGCGAUGAAAUCCCCAUUACUCCAAUGCGAAGAUACAGAACAUCAGGUUCCACAUAUUCAGUUCAGCUGCAGAGAUAUUGACAAAAUGGCGCGGACUUUCGGUACGCUGCCCCUACUCAUCGAUGCCAAUUAUGAGUCCACUGUCGCUGAUGGCCCAAUCGGAGGUCAAACAAGAGUGCAGUUGCGCAAUGAACACGCCUCGUAUAUCCUCACUUGGGUCUCUCUUGGGGUUGCUGGCACGAGAGCGUCUGCUUCACGCUUUUGUCUCUCCAUACACGAGCAUUUCUCCGACCAACAGACGCCCCUUUCCAUUCCGAAACGCUUGGGUGCUGUCGGUGCUACUCGCCUUCCAGGAUGGGGACCGCGUGAUCCUCACUGUGCCUGGUUGGAGACACUACAAGAUAUGGCUGCCAACCGAUGUCAGUGGCGUUCUUGUUGUCAGUUUCUGUCCAGAUUGCCUGAGCUUUCAAAUAAGUCAUGGUUGUACGGCAGUGAAGCAUCGGUGUUGAACACUGAUGUCAUGCUGUCGAUGAUGAUGAUGAUGAUGAUUCAGCAUUCACGGACAGUUGCCGUAAAAUCUGGUGUUAAUCUUCAUGAUUUGUUCCAGAGCACUUGUGAUAAGCUUGGGCAACCUGGCAGUAUCGCAGCCCUCGUGCUUCCUUCUGGCGGCAUGACAGCUAGGCACCGGAGUAAUGUUACAGCUGAACGGUUUUUUAUGUCCCUCUGCGUCCGAGCCGUCCUAAUAUUGCGUAAGGUAACCACCACAAAAUCAGAUUGGCCUAAUAUUGCGUAA